AGAAAAGUGUUGAGCACCUUCCUCUCCUUUCAAACUCCUCAUCCAAAAACAAAGAAGAACUCAUCCUUUUUUUUGUUAGAUUACACUUUUUCCAUCUUCUUUGCAUUUUUCUCUCUGUCUCUCUUUUUGUUCCAUCAGAUCAUUCAUAAAGCCAAUCCAGCCACUUGGUGACUGUCCUCAAUCGAUUCCUUGUUCACCAUCUUGAGGGAGAAGACAAUGAGUGUUGAGGUACGGUCAAGAGUCUUUGACCAAGAAGCUGGCUCAACUCUAGCUUCGUUGAGAGAUGGCGAUCCGUCGACACAAAGGGGUUUUCGAUGUAUCCCUUAUGAAUUAGAUCUCAAUCCCCUACGCAUUGUAGUAGCGGAAUUGGUGGGGACAUUCAUUCUAAUGUUCAGCGUGUGUGGGGUCAUAAGCAGUACUCAGUUGUCCGGCGGUCAUGUCGGAUUGCUAGAGUACGCCGCGACGGCUGGUCUAUCGGUGGUUGUCGUAGUUUACUCCAUCGGUCACAUCUCCGGCGCCCAUCUCAACCCUUCCAUCACCAUUGCUUUCGCCCUCUUUGGCGGAUUCCCAUGGUCUCAGGUUCCGUUAUAUAUAACGGCGCAGACGAUGGGGGCAACGGCGGCAACGUUAGCUGGGGUGUCAGUCUACGGAGUAAACCCUGACCUAAUGAUAACAAAACCUGCGUUAAGCUGCGUUUCUGCGUUUUUCGUUGAACUCGUUGCUACGAGCAUCGUCGUCUUUCUAGCCUCCGCGUUGCAUUGUGGUCCUCAUCAAAAUUUGAGUAAUUUGACGGGGUUGGUGAUUGGAGCAGUCAUAUCCCUUGGAGUGCUUAUUACCGGACCGAUUUCGGGAGGAUCGAUGAACCCAGCUCGAUCACUAGGACCGGCGGUGGUGGCAUGGGAUUUUGAGUAUAUAUGGGUUUACAUGACUGCUCCGGUGAUCGGAGCCAUUAUCGGUGUUUUGACAUACAGAACUAUUAGCCUCCAAAGCAGGCCUUCUCCACAUUCCCCUCCAGUCUCUUCGCUUUUACGCUGACCGACCAUUCAGCUCAAAUCCUAGUAUGAUAUCUAAUUAAGUUAUAACCUUAAUUACUCCCCAAAUAAACCUUAUUACUCUACCUCUUAAUGUAGCCCGUUAUGCCUAUAUGGAGCCUCGAUUGAUACUACUAGUGAAUUCUAAUGUUUGCUUGGAUAUUCAUAUUUUACAAGAAUCCAUUUUAAGUUCUUAUUAAUAUAUGAAAUGUCUAUAUUAAUAUGAAGCAUUUUUAUUAUUUUAAUC